CUGUAGGGGAUGGUAACUCGCCACACUAGAUUUGACAGCGCGCAAGACAGGAGGAGAGGUUUUACGCACGAGCAACCCUUACGAUCAUAAUCAAUUAGGAAACCUGCAGCAGAGCUAGAAACCUGUUCUCAUGGUGGGUGCUUCACCAGUCCAUCGAGGAGAUCGCGGUGCAGAGCUGGCUGAUUGAAAGUCACCUCCACUCACAAUGGAUUACGGAAGGACCAUGGCCCCUCCAGUGCCUCCUCAUAAACCGAAACCCGCCCGGCCGGGACAGUCGCAGGAGCGGCUGCUGAAGUGCGUCCUGCUGGGUGACGGAGCGGUGGGAAAAACCAGUCUGGUGGUCAGCUACACAACGAAUGGAUACCCGACAAAAUACGUCCCUACUGCAUUUGAUGACUUCUCGGCUGUGGUUCAGGUGGAUGGAAGCCCAGUCAGACUACAGUUGUGUGACACUGCGGGACAGGAUGAGUUUGACAAACUCCGCCACUUCUGCUACAGUCGGACUGACGCCUUGUUGCUCUGCUUCAGCGUGGUCAGCCCCGCCUCCUUUCAAAACGUCUGGGAGAAGUGGGUCCCUGAAAUCCGCCGCCGCUGCCCUCUCACGCCCGUCCUCCUCGUAGGUACACAGUGUGACUUGCGGCAGGAUGUCAAAGUGCUGAUAGAGUUGGCAAGAAGGAGGGAGAGGCCGGUGCCGGAGGAAGAUGCCAGAGCGCUGGCAGAAAAAUUUGGGGCAGUGACGUACAUUGAGUGCUCAGCACUGACGCAAAAGAAUCUGAAGGAGGUGUUUGAUGUGGCCAUCUCCAUUGGGCUGCGGCAGUCUGAUAGGAGAGUGCGGCGGGAGAGGAAGGUCCGCAGCACGGCCGAUAAGAUGAAGAUGCUGUCCAAGUCCUGGUGGAAGAAGUAUGUGUGCGUCCAGUAGGGAGGAAGGAGAUAAUCUUUCUGUGACUGAUGUAAAACUGGAACUGCUGAUGUAUUUGGGGGUGCUCAGUUGGAUGUAAGGACCUCUUGUGAGCUUCACGUGGAUGGCCUCAAAUGAGCUACUUUGACUUUAAUUCGAUGGAGCAACAGUUCAACAGGGACACCUGGCUGACCUAUAUGGUUGUUUUGGGAAAUGAUGGUUUGACUUUGACCAGAAAAUGCCCUUUGUUGAUGCUUAAGAGACAGCAUGAGGGUGUAACCACUGUCUGCUCUUCAGAGCCAGUCUGUUAAAUAUGACUGUGAUUAGCAUUGAACCAAAAAUUAUUGCACUAAGAUAGUGUAAUGUCUCAUGGACCACAUACCAUGCAGAACUUGUCCAAAAGAAUUACAGCUGACUUUUUUUUUUUUUUU